UCUCGAACGAAACUGCCACCGCCGCCCACCUCUGACCUCUCCUCUUCGCCCAAGUCCCAAUCUUCAAUCACAAGCUCUUCUCUUUUCUCCGCGGAAAUCUCUUACAAUCAGGGAUCCUCUCUUUUCAUCUGCCGAAAGGUUGGCAUCGACUCUGACGAUAGGGAUCGUGAGCCAAAAUUGUAUGAAGUAAUGGAAAAAAAGAAAAUGAAAAAAUCUUCAGGGAAAAAGCGAGUAGACAGGGAAAAGGGAAUUGAAGUCCAAGCCACAAAAAUUGAUUGGUAUACUAAUGAAGGUGAAGAAGGUGAAAACAAAGAGAAAAAAUUGAGGAAAAAGAAAAGAAAAAUUAGAAAGACUGAGAAAGCUGCAUUUGAGAAUGUCGAAGUUCCCAACAAAGAAGUUGAAGAUGGCUUUAGGGAAGACAAUGAUGGUGCGAACAAAGAGAGAAAGUUGAGGAAAAAAAAAUUUGGAAAGACACAGAAAUCUGAGGUUAACAAUGUCAAAGUCCUCAACAAAGAAGUUGAAGAUGGCUUUAGAGAAGAGAAUGGUGUGUCAAAAAAGGCUUGUAAGGCUAAAAAGGACAGGUCAUCGAGAAAAAAUGAGAUAUUAGUGGAAAUGAAAGGAGAAUCUAGAGAUAAUAUGCCUUACGAGAUAUCUUCAGGCGAUGAGGACUGCUCCAGAGGAAUGAAAAAGUGGAUUACAGAAUACCGUCAAGCUAGGCCUGGGGUAAAAAUAUUGCAAGAAAGGAUUGAUGACUUUAUAACCGCAUAUGAUGCAGAAGAGGAGCAGGCAAGAAAAGAAAGAGAAGCACUUGCUGCUGAAGGUGGAUGGACUGUUGUGACACAUCAUAAGGGUCGGAAAAAAACAACAGACACUGAAACUGGAAUUACUGUGGGUUCUGUUGCGGAGACUGUUGUUUUGGAAAAUAUAGCCAAGAAGAAAAGUAAAGAAGUUGGGCCAGAUUUCUACCGCUUCCAGAAAAGAGAAGCCCGCAUGAAUGAGAUCAUGGUGCUACAAAGCAAAUUUGAACAGGAUAAAAAACGGAUACAGCAAUUGAGAGCUGCAAGAAAGUUCAGGCCCUACUGAACUAUGCAAAGGCUAGCUCCAAAGAACAACUUACGGUCAGGACAUCUCGUCAGAAGAUAAUUUCAGGUGUCCAAGAAUGAAUUUUAUUAGAUGGUAGACCCAUUUCAGGUUGGCCGUGGAGAUCUCAGAUUAACAAGUUUUGUUCUGUUGCUACUCUCUGUACACAAUUUCAUAAUUAAUUAUCCUGCCCAGGCCAGGGAACGACAUCAUUCAAUGAUAUAUAAUCUAAGCAGUAGACUUAGGAUUUCUGGUUUGAGAUGCUGAGAUGCUUUUUUCAUUCAUGUUGCAUGAUUGAUCUUUAUUUAUGGGCAGAAAAGAGUAGGAUUCAGCUAGAGAAGCUGAUAAGUGGGUAUGUUUCAAAGAGAGUCGAUGCUGUAAUAUAGAAUCACCACUAAGACUGUAGCGUGGGAUUGCCCAAGUGCAGAAAACCUAAAGAGUGGCGCUUUUUCAGCUGAACUACACAAGUAACAUCACUUUGGCUAUUUGCCCCAUUUCAGCUGUUAUAUCUGGAUGUCAUUGUGUCCGGUGACUAUGUAUUUUUAUGCUCUGCAAUGGUAUAAAUUCUGAGAAUGAUCCAGACCCAAAAUUGUAGUAAUUUUCUGUAAAAUAAUUCUGUAUGAACUUAUCAAACUGUUUUAAGUUUGGAAUGUGUGCAAUUUUAUCAA